GUUUUCGCCUCACUUCUUCCCCACAAGACUGGCUGCUGACUGCCAGAGGCGCCCUCGUUGUCUGCUUGUGAUUUGGUUGCACGACCAUGGAGAGUGUGAUGGACGAGGUGAUGGGCGAGGAGGAUGCCCUGCUCAAAGAGCUCGAGAACUCAAGUGUGGCCGAGGUCGAGCAGCGCUCCAGGCUCAUCGUGAGGACAACCACCGCAGACGCACACACUCGACGAACGUCUUUGCUGCAUGUUCGUGUGCGUGCGGCUUUCUGUGUGCAGGACAAUGAGGUCAAGGUGAUGAAGAAUGAGCAGGCGCGUCUGACGUCCAAGAUCGAGGAGUGCAAGGAGCGCACCAAGGACAACAAGGAGAAGAUCAAACUCAACAGCCAGCUGCCGCACCUCGUCUCCAACGUGGUGGAGCUCAUCGACAUGGAGCCGGAGGACGACGAGGGCGACGGAUCUACCGUCGAUGUCGACGCACAGAGGAAGGGCAAGUGCAUGGUCCUUAAGACCUCCACACGACAGGUCAGCAGAGGAGGCAGGAGGCAGACAAGACCUGGCUGCUGAUGGCGCUCGUAUGUGUGGUUCUUCAUUCAGACGGUGUUUCUGCCUGUGAUUGGUUUGGUGCCCCCUGAAGAGCUCAAGCCCGGCGACCUGGUGGGCGUCAACAAGGACUCAUACCUGGUGCUCGAGAAACUGCCACCUGAGUAAGCAACAAGCAUCCGCGACACGCACAAACAACAUGGCAACGAUGCUCUGUCAUCGAUGUGCUCUCUCGCCGUGUGCGUAUGGUCAGGUAUGAUUCGCGCGUCAAGGCGAUGGAGGUGGACGAGCGGCCGACAGAGCAGUACACCGACAUCGGCGGGCUGGACAAGCAGAUCCAGGAGCUCGUCGAGGCCAUCGUCCUGCCCAUCACACACAAGGAGCGGUUCGAGAACAUCGGCAUCAAGCCGCCCAAGGGCGUCCUCAUCCACGGCCCCCCAGGCACCGGCAAGACCCUCCUGGCCCGUGCGUGUGCCGCCCAGACGCAGGCGACGUUCCUCAAGCUGGCGGGUCCACAGCUGGUGCAGAUGUUCAUCGGCGACGGUGCCAAGCUUGUGCGAGACGCCUUCCAGCUGGCAAAGGAGAAGUCGCCGACGAUCGUCUUCAUCGACGAGCUCGACGCCAUCGGCAUCAAGCGGCACAGCGACGAGCUGUCGGGCGGCCGUGAGGUGCAGCGGACCAUGCUCGAGCUCCUCAACCAGCUCGACGGCUUCUCGAGUGACGCCUCCAUCAAGGUCAUCGCCGCCACCAACCGACCCGACAUCCUCGACCCCGCCCUCCUCCGCAGUGGCCGCCUCGACCGCAAGAUCGAGCUGCCGCACCCCAACGAGGAGGCGAGGGCGCGCAUCAUGCAGAUCCACUCGCGAAAGAUGAACGUCAACAAGGAGGACGUCAACUUCCAGGAGCUGGCCAGGUCCACCGACGACUUCAACGGCGCGCAGCUCAAGGCCGUGUGUGUCGAGGCCGGCAUGGCGGCGCUGCGGCGGGGUGCCACCGAGCUUUGCCACGAGGAUUACAUGGAGGGCAUCUCGACCGUGCAGGCAAAGAAGAAGGCGUCGCUCAACUACUUCGCCUAGACGGAUGGAUGGAUGGAUGGGGUGGGUUGGUGUGCGGUGUGAGUCGCCUGGCUGCCUGGCUGUGUGUUUGGGGGCUUCUCUUCUCUCUAGCCCUGGUUUUUCAAGUCAGGCUGUGGCUGUGGCUGUGGCUGUGGUAAUGGUGAUGGGUGCGUUGAUGCGAUGCAUACGUACGUGUGAGGAGGGAAAACGCUGCCUGCCUUUUGCCCAUUCGGUGCGGUGCCAGCCAUCUGAGACUGUCUGUAAUUAUCGCGACACUCACUUACUUGUACGUGUCAUUCAGUCAAGUGUCAUGAGGUUU